GACACGGUAUAACAGAAGCCUGCAGAGCGGGGACAGGUGUGGAUGGGGAGGCGCAGUAGAAGCAGCAGCAGCAGCAGCAGCAGCAGCAGUCGGGCGCACCGACCGAAGCAUGCUCCAGUGCAGCCAUGACUUGCUCGGCGUCAGAUAGCGAGAAGAUCGUGAUCAACUGCGGCGGGAUCCGACACGAGACCUACCGGAGCACCCUGAAGACGCUGCCGGGGACGCGCUUGUCUUGGCUGACGGAGCCCGACGCCUACAGCAACUUCGACUACGACCCCAAGUCCGACGAGUUCUUUUUCGACCGCCACCCGGCCACCUUCGCCUUCAUCCUAAACUACUACCGCACCGGGAAGCUGCACUGCCCCAACGAUGUAUGCGGGCCGCUCUUCGAGGAGGAACUCGCCUUCUGGGGCAUUGAUGAGACGGACGUUGAGGCGUGUUGCUGGAUGAACUACCGGCAGCAUCGCGACGCUGAGGAAGCCCUGGACAGCUUCGAGCAGCCCGAGCCGGACGCACCCGAGGAUGAUCCGGCGCUCACCGGCGGGGCGGACGGUGACCUGAAGCGGCUGUGCAUGCAGGAGGACGGCCGCAGGGCGACGUGGUGGGAGGUGUGGCAGCCCAAUAUGUGGGCGCUGUUCGAGGACCCCUACUCCUCCAAAUAUGCCCGGUAUGUGGCAUUUGGCUCACUCUUCUUCAUCCUCCUCUCCAUCUCCACCUUCUGCCUGGAGACCCACGAAGCCUUCAACACCAUCUACAACAAAACGGAGAAUGUCACAAUCGGCAACGUGACACACGAGGAGAUAGUGUAUGAGGUGGUCACAGAUGGCUGGCUGACAUAUGUGGAGGGCGUCUGUGUUAUCUGGUUCACCAUUGAGGUGAUGAUGCGCGUCAUCUUCUGCCCUGACAAGGCAGAGUUCUUCCACAGCGCCCUUAACAUCAUAGACUUUGUGGCCAUCGUGCCCUUUUACCUGGAGGUGGCAUUGAGUGGCCUCUCCUCAAAAACAGCCAAAGACGUGCUGAGCUUCCUGCGUGUGGUGCGUUUUGUCCGUAUCCUGCGUAUAUUCAAGCUGACCCGCCACUUUGUCGGUUUACGGGUCCUGGGCCACACUCUGCGGGCGAGCACCAACGAGUUCCUGCUGCUCAUCAUCUUCUUGGCGCUGGGCGUCCUCAUCUUUGCUACCAUGAUCUACUACGCUGAACGCAUUGGUGCCGACCCAGAUGAUCCAACGGCUGCCGCCCACACCAACUUCAAGAACAUCCCCAUUGGCUUCUGGUGGGCUGUGGUGACCAUGACCACACUGGGCUAUGGAGAUAUGUACCCUGAGACAUGGUCGGGAAUGUUGGUGGGGGCCCUCUGCGCCUUGGCUGGUGUGCUGACCAUUGCCAUGCCUGUGCCCGUUAUUGUCAACAACUUCGGCAUGUAUUACUCCCUGGCCAUGGCCAAGCAGAAGCUCCCCAAGAAGAGGAACAAGCACAUCCCCCGAGCGCCACAGCCAGGCAGUCCUAACUACUGCAAGCCAGACGCCCUGGCCAUGGCAACCGCCUCUCCUCACAGGCUGAUGGGCAAUGUGCUUGGGCCGGGCAUGGUAGGAUCUGGCAGCAUGAUGGGUACUGGAGACUGCCCAUUGGCACAAGAGGAGAUCAUUGAGAUCAACAGGGCAGAUUCCAAGCAAAAUGGUGAGACAGCGGCCAACACAGCAGCCUUGGCCAAUGAGGACUGCCCCACCAUUGACCAGGUGCUUGGGGACGAGCGCAGCCCUGCCACCGGGGGCCUUGGCUCCACCACUAGUCGUGAGCGCUACCCACAUGACCGGGCCUGCUUCCUGCUGAGCGCGGGGGAAUUCCAGCGCACAACGGAUGGGAACGUUCGGAAAGUGCUGAGUUUCUAACCCUCCCCACUCCCCUCCACAUGAGAAGAGGAAAACAAUGAGUUUUAUGCCACUGCUCCUCCAUCUCCCCUGAUGGAACUCACUGUUGAAAAUGGGAGAGAGACAGAGAGAAAGAGAAAAAAAAAAAACAAAGAACACGAGAGGUUGAAAUCAUCAUAGCCGCUGACUGAACGUUUUUUCAUCUGUGACACAUUCAUAUGCAACCUGGAGACUGCUUGUCCGCCAUUUUAACAUGGAAGUGACUGGUAAUCAUGGCAAACCACGGUCCGGAUGCUCCCAGCUCAGCAGCAAGAGGAGCCUAACUUAAGACUGAGAUGGAUUUGGAAACCAUGCGACAAAGACACCCUCCAUUUCCACAGUUGUGUUAUUCUUUUGACUGACUCCCCUUUAUUUCGAGAAGCUGCAUGCACAGCUGUUGAUUUCCAGCGAAUGCUCCUUAAUUUUGGCGCUCAAAGCACUAUGCAAGGUGAGGGGCGGUCCAUCAUGAUGUCGAACGGCUCCAGCAGAGUCUGAUCCAGUGUUGCCGCUCGGCUGCAGAGGUCGGGCUGCCCUGCUAAUCUCUGCUGAACCACAGGACCUCUACCAGCCGGUGGGAAUCUGCUCAUACAUAUCAGAAAACAUCAGCCAUAUCAUAUGUAUAUUAGAUGUGAUCCUAUCUAUUUGACAGCAUCUAAAUCAUCUGAGAGACUGUUGGCAGCUUAGGACUUGAACAUGAACACUGGGAUCUCCGUAGACCCUCGAGGAAUCACUUUUAAUCCACUUUGAAAUGGAAUUUAACCCAAAGACAGACACGUGGAUGGACAAACUAUUGGGGUGAACAGAAACCCUCAAAGACAUGACACUGAAAUGAAGAUGUGAUCUGAUUGAGCCUCUUUCUCACUCUCUCUUUCCCUCUCAAGUCUUUACAGUAUAUUGACCUCCUCCCCCUGCAUCGCUGCAUCGCUGCUGCUGCCCUUCUUUAGCAAAUCUGCAUGGCAUGAAUGAAACCAAUUAAAACCAGAAGAAAGACAGUCAAAGACACAAUGGAUGGAUUAUAUAAGUGGAGCAGGGGUCCAUGAGAAAAAAGGAAGAGAGACUGUAGAUUUUUUUUUUUUUCCCCCACCUAGCAAUGCCAAUGCAGCGUCAUUAUCAUUAUCAUCACCAUGAAAUACGAUUAAACCCCAAAACUGGCUGCUAAAAUGUUGGCAAAACAGCAUCUCCUGCAGCAAACCGCUCUCUCUAUGACGGCAUGAUGGAUGAGGAGGAGCUGCCUCCUCUUCUGAGAGAAAGAGGGAGUGGGGGGAGGAGAUUCUGCAGACCAUACACUCAAUACCUCUGGGAAUGGGGCGAGGAGAUACAGGCUUUUUAAAGAAAAGCAGGCAUUCAGCAGCAGCGGGAACAUCUUUGAGAAACUAUUCUAUGGACCAAAAAAAAAAAAAUAUGGCGACGAUUGCAAAUUAGAAAUGCAUUUUUAUGACAUUGUUUACCAGCAUGAAUAUUCUGCAUGACCUCUGCAAGCCAUUCCGAUCCCCCCUCCCCCCCACCAGAUUAACAGGGCUAGAAAUUGAUCAUUUAAAUGUGAAAAUUUAUCAAAGUUAUGUUAUAUGCAAAAGAGUAAAAAAGAAUUCUAGGAUAAUGUUUAACAAAGAUUUUUUCUUAUUUUUCAAUGACAAAACAUGUACAAUUAAGGGGGAAAGGGGGAGUUGCAACAUCACCCCUGUUUAGUUUCCUUGAGAAGUAUUAGGGGACUCCCAACCCAGCUCGCAGAAAUCCAAGAAGACUCCUCCCAACUUCUGCAAGUGUUUAUUAUGCUACUACAAGUUCGUCUACUACUGCUAUUUCUUCAGCCUCUCACUUGACUGCUACCCUGCUUCUUCUUCCUCCUCCUCUUCCUCUUCUUCUUGUAGCCUUUUACCAGAACUGCUCUAUGUGACUCUCUCAAAUGGCAGCUGCAUGCGUGUUUCUGUGCCACCAUCUGGACCCAGGACUAUCAAACUGAUGUUGAACUGAACUUUGCUGUGCCCUCCAAGGUGUCACUGAUCACGUGAAUCUGAACUGAAAAUGUCUCUUGUCCUUUUCCCUGGUACUUGUUGCUUGACCCUGUUAUCCAAGGCAUCGCCACACUUUCAAGGUUACACAGGUCAUCUCUAGUCUGGGGUCCAGAAUAUGACGGAAAAGGUACUAAACUAUUUUUUGCACCCCCACAUCCGGGCAGGCCUGUUUACUUCCUCAGGUGAAAAGACACAAGAUGGCUGCCUCAUCAUCCAGGGUUGUCAUGCCACUGUUUUAGAUUGAAACUCAGCUGUCAGUUUAUUAGGUACACUAGCUAAAGUUAAUAGACUAAUACAACAGUCCUUCCUUCAUGAGGGUUAUGAUGUUCAGUUUUUAUUGAAAGUGUUUUUAACGUGUUGAUCCAACUUUACAGGCUGCAGUUUGUGAUGCUGUUGAACUGAUUUGUAUUAAACGUACACGUUUCUAUUAUUUUUACCGUCCCAUUUUUAUCAGUAAAGGUUUAAUGACAGACACUCUUCUGUGUAUAAAACAGUUCAACAGCACCACAAACUGCAAAUCAUCCAAAACAAUCAUACAGUUGUAUGAUGUUUUAAAAAAACAUUUUUAAUAAAAGCAUUUUUUCAAAGAGUCACAGUCAAGGUUCAGACUAACAUUUGGCCAAAGCCACAUUUUCAUAAUACCAAAGUCAAAAUUCACCCAGCUCAACCUCACCUACUGAAGAAUCCUGAGAAUUAAAUUCUUCAGUCAGCAUUAAAUGUUAUCCCGCAAAAAUGAUGUUCAUGUUUCAAGAGUCUUUAACACAGAAUCCCUCUUUUACAUCCAUUUAAAAUCAGAUGUGUUGUUUUUUAUGCUUAAAAAGAGUCAAAGAGCCAAAGAAUCCCAUGAUGAAUCAGUCCCUGUCAGAUUUCAUCUUGUAAUUUAUGUGGUGAAGAGGAGUGAUAAUUAAGUAACCCUAUUUGAGUUAGCUGUAAUGUAGCCACAGCAGCCAUUGGUUAGUUUUCAUGCUUUUCUUUAAAAAAAAGGCUCAGGAAACAGUCGCUUCCUUCACCGUGUUCCUUUUGUUGCGUAAACGUGUAGCUUCGUUGAAAGAGUAUUUAUUUCGUGAGCAAGGCUUUUGAAAUAGAGCAUCACAAUAUUGAACCAUUACAAUUGGGUCCAGACUUUCUGGGAUAGUGCUCGUCUGAAAUCAGCUUUACAAGCUUAUUGGCUGAUGUCACUGGAUGUAUUAGUGUCCUGCAAACUGCUGCUAAAAAUGGUUGCCGUAACUGAAGGCCUGGCCUAGUAGCAAAAAACCAAACUAACAAAACCUUUUUUUUUUUCCACAUAACAAACUCAGCACAUGUAUAGUCAUGGUAGCAUGAAAGAUAGAAGCCUAACUUGUGAACACAUAUAACACAGGAACAGAGUAGCAUUUCCCAAUGUGAGACAACUGGAGAGCACAGUUGUACAGAGUUAGUCAGACCAGCAUUAUUGGAUGAUCAGUAGCUCCUCUGUGGUGGUUCUCCUGGUGAGAGGCAGCCAUCUUAGUUCUAUGUUUUUAAACAGGGUUGGCCAAGUACCCCUACGGUUAUAGGAACAGCAGAGGGAGGACGCUCUGCUCGGCUGUGGGAAAACCAUUUUCACUCACCUCUGUGGACAGAUUUUAAUUAAGUAGAGAAACAGAGUGAAAUAAGCAGAUAGGCGGAAAUGCCUUUAAAGUUGUCAGUGAAAGCUGGCUGUUACCGGACAGAUGAGUUAUUACCAAAAACUGUUUGAAUACCUGGAUUUGGAAUGUGCUUGUUCUUUUCAUUUCAAAUCUUCUUAUGUCUUCUUUAUACCUCUCACGUGAGAGUGUGAAGGAUUUUCUCAUGUGUAUUUUUAUUGUCUUUUAAUUGUUCUCUGUUCAUUGUUAAUUGGUUCGAGAGACCAUGUCGGCCCAUGACCUGGGCAAAAUAGUCUGAAACUGUGUAGGCAUGGAUGGAUGACUGUACAGGCCUGCUGGGCAGAGGCACAAGGGGUCAGUGUUUGAAGUGAGUGUGGACAUUUCUUGUGGAAGAAUUAAAUGAUUACAAAGAGGUUCAAAAUGACAAAAACAAGACUUAAAACAAGUGCAAAAAGAAAGAAAAUAACUUUAAAAAGAAUUAAAAAAUAACCACACAGAGAGAAACAAAGCCACAUCUGCAUAAUUUUGUUAUGUCUGUUUCAUUCUGAGUGUCUAGCUUCUUUGAUGGUGGGGAGGGGGGCCUUUCAUAUGUCUGUGUCCACCGGCCUCAUGUCUCAUGUGUCACUAUAACUGACAACAGUCCAUAAUAUUCCUGCUGAAAUCUGGCUCCCUUUUAGAACACAUCCUGUAAAAUGCUUACAAAUGACGGACAGAAUACGAUCUCUGUGGAGACAAAUCGCCACUUCCCUGGUGUCACCACUUUCGCCAAGCUCACCAGCCACAGACCUUCAUCAGCUGUGCUUUUCUGCAUUGCACACUUUUCCAAAAGGGCUAUCGAGCUAAUAGAGUUGUUCCUGGCAAAAUGUAGGCAUACAGACAGAUCUGGGCUCCCACAGUGAUAGAUAGACAGACAUGCUUGCUCAAUAUGUCUAAAUCCAAAUGUUGGCUCUUCAGAUGUGUGAACUCCAACCCCCAAAAUAUGUCCCUAUGAGCUGUGACAUUUUCAACAAUUGUCCCACUGUUUAACUACGAAGGGACGAAUUAUAUAAGAUAAAAUUUAAGACCUAAAUCUUUUCUAUUGAUAUAAAUUCCAUCACAUCAUGCUUUUCCACACAGCUUUAUUAAUAUAGAUUUGUAUUGAUAUACACAACAAAUCCUUCACUUUAUUUGUCUUUGCAUUAUUAUUGAGCACUCAACAAAUCCAGAAAAUGCCCUUGAGGCCCCCUGUGCACUUGAUGAAUUGCAGAUUUGGACAGUAUGAGGCACUGACAGACUUUUUUUUUUUCAAUACACUUUUACAAAUUCAGAUUCAGCUUAAGUUUGGUAGCUCACCGAAAAGUAUCUCUGUAUCUACAGGGGGAGAGAAAAUGACCUCAGCUCACUCACUCUUUUUUUCUUCGUGCUUCCAAGUUUCAGUCCGUGAAGUAUUCAUUCAUUCAUUCAUUGUGUCUAAGGCCAUGCAGGACAGUACGCUUACACAUAGGACACUAUGCUAACAGAAACUUGAAGAACAAUGGCUGAAAGAAAGAACUGAUCCUCCCUCAGCACUUGUAAAAUUCGGUUUGCACAUUGCAGGGACCAACAAGGUUUCUAUUUGCUGCCAAUUUUCUGUUUCAAAUUACUCUAAUGUCACACAAAAAAGAAAUGUCUUACUGCUUCUGUGUUUUCCUUUUUUUAAACUGAUUUGUUUCACAGUUUUCUGUAUCAUGCUGUGGGGAAAUCUUAAAGAGCCAAAAUAUCCAAAAGAAAACAGGACGUAUCUCAGGAAUACACUGAAUCAAAAAUCUGAGAGGUAGAGCAUCAAGAUUGUUAUGAUGCUGCAGUGUGUAAUUUCAAGAAAAUUUAAAAUCAUUGUUUCAAAUGAGCAUUUUCACAAAAUGCUUCUUUAAACGUGGAAGUAGAUUUUUCUGUCCUUUUGGCCAAAACUGUCCAGGCGCCCUUCCACACUACAUCAGGUAUUUUAUUUAAUUUUGUUUUUGUCAUUUUUCUUUUGAAAUGUCAAAAAUAAUAAUGGACUGUACCAACAUCAAGUUGAACAUAUACUUAAUAUUUAUUUUUGUUUGCAUAUUAAUUUUAUAUUUCUUAAUUCGAGCAAGUCUGAUGAAUUAUGAUCAUGAAUACUCUAACAAUGCAUCUGUAAAUGCUUUUGUAUACAAGCAUGCGGUCAACAUAAAGAGCAUGCACCAGUUGGGCUACAGGCUUAAUGUCACUGUUGGUAAAACUUUGUUCUGUGUCUCAGUUGGGCUUAAUGUUAAACUUAACCUGGAUAUACAACUGUCACUGCAGAGGGGUACCUACAAAGGUCUAUUUAUUUAUUAUAGCAGUGACAAUAUGAUCUAACAGGUGGUGAUCAUAUCAUCAUUAUUACCAAAAUGGCCCACAAAGCUCCACUGAAUUACAGUAGUAGAUUAUUGAUCGAGACUUGUGUGAAACAGAUUUCUUUUUCAAAGUGAUUUGAAUUGUAGUGGCAGGACGCUCAUAUCCAGAUAACCUGUCUUAUAGCUGCUAGCACAUGCCAAGUUACAAAAAUGUCUGAUCCUGCAAUAACCUUACGGCAACUUGUUGGUGUUCGUUAUUCGUACGCUUAUUGCUUCACAACAUGAAAGCACCCAGGUACAAAAAAUACAGAACCUGAUUAUUGACAUCGAAAGGCUUCAAUCCCCUCGUGUCCUGCAGAAAUGCAUUUUGUAACAUCCUCAGUUUGGGAACACUAAGAUGUCAGAGCAAAGGCCGAGUUCAUGGGCAGUGGCUACAGUCGAUCCAACCUCCAUGACCGCUCGCCGUGAAUUUUGUAAGUUAAGUUGCUCCAUAAACCAGCCUGAUUAAGACGUAGCAGACAUGUCGGACAGUAGGAGAAGAAGAAGAAGUUAUUGUUGCACAGUUGUAGAGAAACAUAGAAAUCUGGAUUAUUCCACUGCAGCAUAGCUGGGAUAGAGCAAUAAUGAAAUAAGAUCUUUUUUAGGGUCUCUGGUUUUGGUUAUGCGUGUGUAAGGGUGUGUAAGGGACUGUGUGUGUGUGUGUGUGUGUUUGUCUGUAUAAAUUACACUUGUGUGUAAGCGAGGAAGCAUGUUGUACAGUCCAAGCUAAGCCACCCCCCCGCCCCCUUGUGAAUAAAAGGAGACCUGAGCUAACCAAUAGUGCAACUUUACUUGAAACCCAACUGACGAGCAAACAUAUCAGGACAAUAUGCAGAUGAGCGGCUCCGCCCACUGUCACGUCAACCCACCACCCCCAACCCUCUAUUAGCCACCGCCGCCGCCAUUCUGUAACGCCGAGUGCAGUUUUCAAAAUCUACACAAACGGCACGUGGGCAGACAGGGUUGCCGUGCAGCUCUCUGUGGGUUAAGACACCACUCAGUGAUGUCACAAUGGAUGCUUUCCCCUAAACGGAUAAACGCCAGGUGUGACAUCACUGUUUUGGGUGUGGUCAAAAGUCUGAACCUACAGUAUGUAGAGCAGCAGUUCACUGACUACUUUGUCAAGGUGACUUCUGUCAUGCUCUGUCUUGAUAAUGUUUUUCAUUGGUUUGUAAAUUAGGCUCUAUAACUCCAGUCUGCAUUUCCCCCUCCAUCCUGUCCCCCUCACAUUUGCUCUCUCUCUCUCUCUCUCUCUUKCUCUCUCUCUCUCUCUCUACUGUCAUCAUUUCCACCUCCUCCUCCACUUACUUUGAGGAAGAAGCUUUUUUUGCAUCCCUUGUUCUUGUGUUUUUGUAUCCUAUUUUUUCAAGAUGAAUUCUAAAUGCAUGUGUGGGAAACUUUAAAAUGACUUUAACUUCAAUUGCGAAUGACCAUGUGGGGGGAAGCCUCUCCUCCAUGGAAGAACAAAAAAAAAAAAAAAGCAAUGGUGCUUGCCUUCCCUUCUUCUUUUCUCUGUCAUGUUAGAAUACACAUUGUGGGACACACAAUUCCGCCCCCUUUAAUUCACUCCUUUUAUUUAUUGGGCUUUAUUUUCAUGCUAUAACACAGGCAUGUUCAUUUUUCACUGGUAAGGCUACAGUCACUUUUCACAGAGCAGCAGUGUGAGACAUGUUCAGUCUGGUGGCAAGGGGCUCAGUUUCAAUCACGACUCUCCAGAAGCUCACCAACACAAGCAUCGAGGCUUCGGUGCCUGUUUGGUAAAUCAAGCAGAGUGAUUCUUCCCAUGUAACCUAACAUUUCCAACAGAUAUGUUCUAGUGUCAUUUUUCUCUCAGCUUUUGGCACUGCUCUCACAACUUCUCACUGAAACAUGGAUGCUGACACCACGGAAAACUCUUCUUCACUGUUUGGCAAGCUGCCGACUCAUUGCCAGCCUGUCUGCCUGUCUGUUCAGGCCCGUUAGUUUAGCUGUGCCUUCUCUUCCUCAUUGACCUAACGCUGCAGAUUUUCAUGUAUUCCAAAAACACACCUUUCCACAAGUCCAGAUGCAGCUAUUUACUAAGUUGAAUUUUGACACUCGGGGGUUCAUAUCACUGUUAAGGUAUAGACAUAUCCGUUGGUUGAUGGUCCCAGAACGGGAUGUUGGUGUAUGUCCACUGGAAAGAGGCAGAGAACACCAGAAGGAUGACAAGCAGAUAAACGAGAGGCUUCCCUCCAUUAAUGAAUGGGGAUUAUGCUAUAAAAACUGAUGCUGGAUAAUUUUAUUGUCACUACACUGGAGAGAGAAAAAUAAAAAAUGAAGAGUAUAAAGACCUGUAUAAAAUAUAUUUCAAUGGAAUGUUUAUUAUUUACCUUUUCUAUUUUUGAAAAAUGUAAAAGAAGAAAAAAGGUGAAACUGUAAUAAUUCAACAGCAUUUGUGAAAUAGAGACUUAUUAAAAAAACAGAUCUGUUGUUAAAAUGUAUGAAGGUUUGACUGUGAAUGCUGAUUUACCUGAGCAACUCUCCUCCUUUACUAAUAUAAUAAAUAAAAACCAGAUGAGUUAUAAUUAAAAAAAACACACACACACAAACCAACAAAACUACUGGGAAAAAGCAAAAAUAAAAUUUAAAGAGAAAACCUCAAAAACCUAAUAAAAACAUUAAAAGCUUAUGCCAAAAUUUUACAUUUGUGUCCUGUGCUUGUUUUUUUGUUUGUUUUUUUUAGCCGCCUCUUAAUUUCUUAUUCAUACAAACAUUCUUAGAUCACACUGAAGACUGAGAGCCCUGCUACAACCCCCUCUGGUGGACAAACACCAUCCAACUCAAGGAAGGUGACACCUCAUGAGCGUCAUUUACUUAGAGCCAUUAAAUGAGUCAGUCAGAAACACCAGCAGCAGAGAAAGCAGGACAUGUAAGUGUGGGCUACGUGAAACCGUGUAGAGCGGUUUCCAUGGUGCAAAAUUAAAAAGUGGUGAGUUAGAAGAGUAGUUAAUGGCCAGGCCUUUCAAACCUAGGGAUGUCACUGAAGGCCACGAUACUGACCUGGUCUCGGCUUUGAAUAACAAUAUGUGUCUGACAUGUUUGUUUUGUAACUGAUGACUUUUAAAUCCUCCAGAAGAAUCCAGAGUCUGUUGAUUUGGAAAAUAUGUUUAGUCGAACAGCUGGACAAUAGAAGACCAACAAGUCCACUCUAACUGUAUGUAACCACUUUAUGAGCAGCAUACUGGACUGUGUUGACUCCAGAAUAGCUGUGAUAAAUCUUGCUGUUGUCUCCAGGUGACCGAGGUAGAUUAGUUCCAAACAAUUAACAUGCAAACCAUGCUUUAAUUGUAAUUUGUAAAUCCAACCACAUGGGGUCACUGCUCAAUCUAUAAUUACACCACUGACCACAGACCAACAACAUAGAAAAUAAUACAUAAUUGCAUUUGUGUGUGUGUUUUUUC